CGCAGCUAGCCUUUCCAGUUUGUUCUACGAAUACGAUUUGAGAAAAAAAAGUAAACAAUAUGUUCUGAUCGAUGUUGGAAGACUUUCUGAGAAAGUGUACAGGUCUUCGCAAUCAGAUACAUGUGAUACAACUUUAUUCCCAGGAUGGGGCAAACUGGUUCUAGGCUAGUAAACAAAUUAUCAAGUAGUUUCACAUACCAUGGUUCACCUUCGGAGGAAUUCAAUUUCGAGGAUGCUGACCGGGUAGUUGCCAGCUUCAAGGGAGGAACUCCGUUUGUUUAUUCACGGCAAGGGUCAAUGUACUUCGAUGAAGAUGGAGAUCUUGCACAUGAGUUCUAUGAAGAAGUGGCAGCAAGGAAGCGUGGUGGAAAACGAAGAAUGCGCAGAAUAGAUAAAAAUCUUCGGCCCCAGGGUGAGGUGAAGUACCGCGUUCCGUGUCUAAAUGUGGACUUUCCUAUUGUCCUUUACUCUGACUAGUGUUCCCACUCCGGCCCUUCUAGGGCCUCCUCUAGGAUCGACGAGGACUAACCAAUCUUUUCCCCUAAACGACCCUAAAAGGGUCGUAUUCAAGCGAGUGUUCUUGAAAUUUGAAAUGAAUAACAAGACGAAUUAUAAAAAAAAUGUAUUUAGUUUUAUUAUUUAAUUCUUUUCCUACUCUAGUCUAUCGACAAUGAAAUCUUUUUAGAUUUAAAUUAAGAAACGUUUUAAAAAAAUCUUGAAUACUCAACUUAAGUAGGAUCAAAACAAAAAUAAAAACUUAGUUUAAGGUUAAAUCAUAAAUUGCUUCAGUGAUCCCUUUCAAAUUUCAAGUACACUCCCUUUAUAUAGAAAAAUGAAGUCCAUGGUACGAUCAUUAUAUGAAAAAAUGGAAUUCAUUCUGUCGAUGUGUUUUAUAAAGAUUAGCCAAUCAAAUUUAUGACCACCCCCCCCCC